AACAAUUAAUUCCCCAUUCUUUCUUCUAACACGCUCUCGCGCACGUGAUGGCGCAAUCUCCUCCAGCAUUCUUCAAAGUCCAUGAAGUUUACAAAGUUGCGCCGCCACAAGGAACCACCACCACCACAACCACCACCCUUCCCUUAACCUUCUUCGACCUGCUAUGGCUAAGGCUUCCCUCCACAGAGCGUCUUUACUUCUACGAAUUCCCAAACCCAACUUCUUCAUUCUUUGACUCUCUUCUUCCCAAUCUCAAACACUCCCUUCAACUCACUCUUCAACACUUCUUCCCCCUCGCCGGUAACAUCACUUGGCCGCAACAUUCUCUCAUUCCUACCAUCACCUACGUCCCCGGUCAAGAUUCCGUUCCUCUCGUCGUAUCCGAAUCCAACGAAGAUUUCAACCACCUUUGUUCCAAUCUUUGCCAAGUUUCCAAGUUCCAACAAUUAGUACCUCGCUUGAGUAUUUCAGAUCACAGAGCUUCUUUGCUUGCGUUGCAAGUAACCGUGUUCCCGAACUCUGGCUUUUGCAUCGGAAUAACUACUCACCAUGCCGCUUUCGAUGGAAACUGCUCAACCAUGUUCAUGAAAGCAUGGGCCUAUACGUGCUCCCAGAUCUCACAUACGCCAUCGAUGUCACUUCCCGAGAAUCUAACACCGUUCUUUGACAGAUCAGUCGUAAAGGACCCAAAGCGAAUCGCCGAGUUGUUCGCGAAGACAUGGUUGAACUUCGGUGGAGAAAACAAUAGGAGUCUUAAGAUCUUGGAGACAGCCACGGAAUCAAGAACCGAUGUAGUUAAAGGGGUGUUUGAAUUGAAGACUUCACAAAUUCAAAAGCUCAAGAAACAUGCAAAAAGCAGUAACUUGGAAACUAAGGUUUCUACUUUUGCGGUUACUAGUGCUUAUUUGUUGAAUUGCUUGGUGAAAGCAGAGCAACAAGAGUCCAAGAAAGUUGCAUUUUUAUUCAACGUGGAUUGUAGAUCCCGUUUGGAACCUCCAUUGCGGCCAACAUAUUUUGGAAACUGCGUGGCGAUUCCGUUGAUAUCGGUAGAGAAAGAGGGGAUAGAAGGGAGUGAUGGGUUCAUAAAUGCUCUGAAGAUGAUAACAGAGAUGUUGUAUGAUUUGGAGAAUAAUGAUAAUGGGGUGUUAAAUGGGGCAGAAAAUUACAUGUUAAUGGUGCAAUCUGUUGUUGGAGAAGGGAGUAGAUUGUACUCACCUUCGGGUUCACCAUGGUUUGGGGUUUAUGGGGUUGAUUUUGGAUUUGGAAAGCCUACAAGAGUUGAUGUUGCUUCUGUUAAUAAGACAGCUUCGUUUUCUCUUUCUGAAGGUAGGAAUGUCGAUGGUGGAAUUGAGAUUGGUUUGGCUCUCACCCAAAAUCACAUGGAGACUUUUGCUGCUCUUUUUCACCAACAAAUUGAAACCUUUUAAUGCUAUCUUUUUGUUUGAGAAAACUAUAGCAUUUGUAUCUUUUAUUCAAACAGAAAUGUAAGCUAGGUACUGCAAUCAUACCAGCACUUAUGAAAUGUAAGCAAUGUAUAUUUUUGUAGUUUUCUUUUUUUAAGAUGGGAACACUGAAGAGCUAUGUAUGAUGAGAUUGGAUGGUUUUGUACUUUUGUAUGUUCUAUAUCAAUAUAGUUAGUUUUCUUCCAAUAUCAA